GUCUCACCGACAGACGAGAGCCCCCGGCGUGUUGGAUUGUGCGAACGAACAGCGUCCUCUGGAUAGUGACGGCCCUCCCAGACCCCGUACCUGAAGCUCAGAUAGAGAGUCUCCCCCGGCCACACCUGCUCGCCAUUCGCCCUCCAUCUUGUCCCCGACAGGCCGCAGCAGCCAUGGUGCCCGCUGCUACGCUCGACAAGUCCUCCGAGGACCAGCUGAGCGAGGACCGGAUGGAUAAGUCCGAGUGUGUCGACCGCCUGUCCCUGCUCCGGAGCAUGCCCGAGGCGCCUCUAGAAUGCCAGAUCUGUGUCGUCGGCGCUGGUCCAGCCGGCCUGAUGCUGGCGUGUAACUUGGGCCGGUGGGGUGUCAAGGUGGAGGUUGUGGACGACAGGGCCGAUCAGACGCCCGUGGGGAGGGCCGAUGGUCUACAGCCCAAGACGAUCGAGACGUUCCGCCAGAUGCGCCUGGCAGACCCCCUGCUCCAGCGCGGUGUCCGGGUUUAUGACAUAGCCUUCUGGCGCAGCACGGCAGACGAGCCGCUCCGUCGACUUGGCCGCGAAGUCCACUACCCUCCCGUCAUCGAUGUGUUGGACCCGUACAUCCUGCUUGUGCACCAGGGCAUGGUCGAAAGCUUGUUCAUCGAGGAUCUGAAGAAGCGCGGCAUCGAGGUGCGCCGAAACACAGCGUUUGACUCGUACAGUGUCUGCGACAGCAAGAGCGGGCCGCUACAGGUCAAUUGCCGUGCGAACGUGACGCAGGACCGCAAGACUCUGCUCACACAAUACCUGGUUGGAUGCGAUGGCGCUCACUCCAAAGUCAGAAAGAGUAUUCCCGAUGCCAAGGCCGUCGGCAUGUCGCAGGCCUCGGUCUGGGGCGUGCUCGACGGCGAGCUAGAGACCGACUUUCCCGACAUCUGGUCCAAGACGCUGGUAUACUCGCAGGAGCAUGGUUCGAUUCUGAUCAUCCCCCGCGAGCGCAAUAUGACGCGCUUCUACAUCGAGCUCAAGAGCAGCCCUAAGGUGGAUAGAAGCCAGCUCGGGCAGGAGUUCGUCAUGCACCGCGCAAAAGAGAUCAUGGCUCCCUUUGAGGUUGGGUGGAAGUACAUCGAGUGGUUCGGCAGAUACCAAAUCGGCCAGCGGGUCGCAAGCCGCUUCUGCGACAACCACCACCGCGCCUUUCUCGCCGGAGACGCCAGCCACACACACUCGCCCAAGGCUGCACAAGGCAUGAACACGUCGAUGCACGACGCCUGGAACUUGUGCUGGAAGCUCAAUCUUGCCGUCCGAGGACUUGCCAAGCCAGCUCUACUCGAGAGUUACGAGGCGGAGCGGAGAAAGAUCGCCUUAGACCUUGUCAACUUCGACUACGAGCACGCAAACAGGAUUGCCGGCGGAGAUGCCGAGGCGCUCGCCGAGAACUUCAAGACAAACGUCCGCUUCAUCUCGGGCAUCGGAGCCGAGUACAGCGAGAACGCCAUCAACAUGAGCCAGGACCAGGCUUGGGUCAUGGGCGAGGCCAAGCCGGGAUGUCUUCUGCCGCCGGCCAAGGUCACGCGCUACCUCGAUUCGAACCCGGUCGACAUCCAGCUCGACAUCCCCAUGCUGGGCCAGUUCCGAGUCUAUCUGCUGAUGUGGGACGUCCACCAGUCCCGCAUCUUCCUCGAGACCUUCUGCCAGGCCAUCGCCUCGAGCGACUCGCUCGUCAGCCAGCUCUCUGCGGCCGCAAGCAUCUCCUACGCCAAGCAGCCGCGCGCUCCGGCUCCAGAGGACAUCUACCUCCGACCGGAGCGCUACACAGCCGUCAGCCACCUCUUCACUUUUGCCCUGAUCACAACCAUGCCCAAAUCCGAAAUCGAAGUCACAGACCUGCCCGCCCUUCUCCAAGACAGCCGUUGGACGUUCUAUCUGGACAAUAUACCGGAGCAGGACACGCGCGGCUCGCUGUGCACAAACAAGUGGCUCGGCAGCCUGGGACCGGGCGAGGUGGCCAUCGUCAAUGUGCGCCCGGACGGCUAUGUCGGGUCUAUUGGGCGCUGGGAUUCCAGCAUUGAUGAUGCUGGGGAGGAUGCGGCAAGGUGGAUGGAUCGGUAUUAUGAUCGGUUUUUGAAGGUGCCGGCUGCGGUGUAAGGGGUUUGUCUCGGGCGGGAAUGAUGGGUUGUUAUGACUCCUUGUUUUCCACCUGGGUGCCUACCUUUUCCGCUUGGCGCAAGCUGAUGGCGAGGGCGUAGAGCUGACGGAUUGUUUACUUGCUGGAGACAUAUAAGGCCACUACUGCGAGGCAGGUGGUUUGUGAAAUGGAGUUGGUCACAGGUGGGAAAACCAUUUCUGCCUAUUCUUUCUUCGGUUCUCGUUCCUUGCUUGGCGCCUGGAGUUUAUCGUGGCAUUUCUAACGUUGAGAUGCUCUACAACCUUCUUUCCUGUUAUUGGGCUUGUUUUUCCAAUGCUGGACUCGUCUCGUUUGGUUUACGUCCAUCGGCUCUACUUUGGUAAACUAGUUGAUGCUAUUGCUCAGGCCGUGG